AUGAGCCAGCCACAGCAACUGCCUCACCCUCGAGGGCAGAUUAGCUCAGGUUCAUACGGAGGCCACGGAGGCCAGCAGGACGAAUUGUACAUGCCCAGCAUGACCUCAAGCCCACACAGGCAGAUUGCAUCACACAGAGAUUACGCGCCGCAAAUCAAGCUUGAUCACCCGCCGAUGAGUGCCAACCCCACCCAAUCUCAACAUCACCACUUGCAACAGCCUACUGGUUCAGGUGUGCCGAACGUUCUACAGCCUGGUGGGUUGUCAUCACGCCCAUCAGUCAUGUCCGCUAACACGGCUCCAACCGUUCCUACAAUUCACGGUGCUAUGCAGCCACUGAUCUCAGGGACGUCUACGCAACAGAACCGACAUGGUCGACAAUCGCCAGCGUUCCACGACUAUCAAACGCCGACAAAACCAUCUCUUCCCAUGUCGCAUUCACAUACAUACUCACGCUCUAGCCCUGUUGCUGGAUAUGAUGCUCCGGCAAAUUACCAUGCCUAUACUCCGACCACACCAGGCGGUUCGUCUUCUCAGCUCACGGCACCUGCGGAUGCCAGCAAAUACAGUGCUCCUACUUUGCAGAGGACUUUUUCAACCACGCCGCUUGGCCUGGCCGACAUAAGACCACGUGCCGAUUCCAGUAUAUCGGACGGUGGACCAGGAGGCCACGGGCAGGAUCUUGCGAAUACGCAACCCGGACCGAGCAACUAUCUUGCGCCAUGGGCUGUAUAUGCAUUUGACUGGUGCAAAUGGCCCCCGCAGGGUAAUGGGGCAGGUAAAUUAGCAUUGGGCAGCUAUCUUGAAGAUGGUCAUAAUUUUAUCCAAAUACUCGACAGCCAAGCCGUAGCCACUGCGCAAGAUGUUUUUCCAUCGUCGACGUCCAAGUGCAGUCUGGAGUUUACUAAAAUUGCCGAAGCAACACAUUCGUAUCCUGUCACUAGACUUCUCUGGGAGCCUCCCUCAUCUCAAAAGCAGUCCACGGAUCUGUUAGCUACAUCUGGCGAUCAUUUACGACUCUGGUCUUUGCCUUCCGAGACACCAGCGACCCCGGGUAAUAAUAUAACCGGAGGUGGUAGAGAUGCGUCUUUUGUAACAAAGCUUACUCCUCUGGCGCUUCUGUCCAACUCAAAGACCCCAGAUCAUACGGCGCCUCUUACCUCUCUCGACUGGAAUACAGUUUCGCCGAGUCUGAUAAUUACAUCAAGCAUUGACACCACGUGUACCAUUUGGGACAUCCCUUCGCUGACGGCCAAAACCCAGCUCAUUGCUCAUGACAAGGAAGUAUACGACGUGCGAUUCUGUGCAAAUAGCGUAGAUGUUUUCGUGAGUUGCGGCCAGGACGGAAGUGUUCGAAUGUUCGACUUGCGCAGUUUGGAACAUUCUACGAUUAUCUAUGAGCCGACGGGUAAAGAGGAAAGAGACGGCAGUGGGCGGUCAAGUCCUACGCAUAGUCAACAGGCGGUUGGCAGCCCUCCACCCCUUUUACGCCUUGCAACAUCACCUCAUGAUACCCACCUAUUGGCGACCUUCGCACAAGACUCGAGCACUAUCCGGAUAUUAGAUGUUCGUCAACCAGGUCAAGCUCUUCUCGAGCUCAAGGGACAUACUGGUCCGAUCAACUGUGUGGAAUGGUCGCCAUCAAGACGGGGGACGCUCGCAUCCGGGGGUGACGAUUGCCAGGUGCUUAUUUGGGAUCUGAUAAACUCAAACUCGUCUGGCGGACACCCUCUGAACGGGACGCCGCAGCAUGAGAAUCACAGGAAUCCCGUGGCAAGCUGGGAGUGUGAUUAUGAGGUUGGAAACUUGAGCUGGGUGCCUCAUCUUCAGAAUGCCGAUUACGGCGAGUGGCUUGGUGUCAGCGCUGGUCGAGGCAUCUGGGGAACUCGAUUGAUCUAA